GAGUUGUCAGAUUGUCAGACAAAGUAAAGAAAAGAAGAAUACACGAAUGGUGGUUGCUACCAGAAUAGAAGAAAAAUUAUCGGAAAAUAAUUAAAACGAACUAACUUUGUGAAAAUACGACUAUAUAAUUGGAUAUAUUUUGUUUUUAAUUACUGUGGGAGCUAAAGAUGAGUGUUUUACCCUAUCAACCAACAAGCGAUGAGGAUAUCUUUCGCCUAUGCACAAAAGAAUGCGGCAUCAUAACAGCUACAGAAGAUCAGCAAUACUUUGCAUUAGGUUGUAUGUUUUGUCCGACAAAAUUUCUGUAUUUCGACGCUUUUAUUGGACAUAUGCAAACAGAUCAUGGGGCACAAACAAUGGGCCAAAAAGGACUGUUUGGCGAUAUGCUGGGACUCGGCUAUAAUGGUUCCUACAGUGAAAACAACAGCGGACAUAGUGGCGGCAACGCAGAAGAUCUUACAGACACCGAUCCCUCGCUAUUAGUACCACAAACAGUUAUGAUUAAAGAGGAAAUAGAAGAGGAAACAUUAGAACCACCAAAACCUGAUAACUCAAUUAUAACUGGAUUAUCAACAGAAAAUGAAUUAGCAGACACUGUGAAUUCUUUGUAUUCAGUAAAGCAGGAACAUGCGGAGCCAGCGGUUGCAAUGGAAGGAGAUGGUGACAGCUAUAUUCCUGAUAACUACGGAAAUUAUGAUGAUUACGCUAACAAUGGCGAUGAAGAUGAUCCCAGUUAUCAAGAGGAUGACGAAAAUAAUUACGAUGAUUUAGUUGAACAAUCCUUAUUGGGCGGAAAUCAUGAAAUGGAAUCUGGUCUAACUAUGCAUAUAAAAGAUCGCAAAAUGAUACAAUUUCUUAUUGAUUCAUAUCGGCGGAACACAUUUCUUUGGGAUCACCGGCAUCCUCAAUUUCGUGAUCGUUCUAAAAGACAACAUUUUCUCGAUUGGAUUGUAAUGGAAUUUAAACGGCGCUUCAAUUUAUCUUUAGCAAAGGAUGCUGUAACUCGCAAGUGGGACAAUUUAAGAACAGUGUAUAAGAGGGAAUGCAAUCGAAUGUCUUUAGAGAAUACCAAUAUUAGUACGCUGUGGUAUUUCAAGGAUUUACAUUUUCUUAAUCGUUUUUAUGGUGGCAAUCAAAAGAUGACUGAAGCUGUCGUGAAGGAAACCGUGUACCGACGACGCUCCUCUGCUCUUUGGAAUGAUGUCUCAACUAUGAAACUUUUAUCAAUGGUCGAGCAACAUCCAUGCUUUUAUAAUAAGUAUAACAUAGACUACCGUAGUAAAGAAAAACGAGGAGAGGCACUACAGCAGAUGGCAGCUGAGCUGCAAAAGAUGAUUGACGUCAGCACCAUUCAAAUAUCGAAGCGAAUCUCACAAUUGCGUUUCGAUUACUCUAAACAGAAACAGGAACGUUUGCUCUGCGAGCAAAACAAUAAGGUAUUUGUACCUACUUACACUUAUUACGACCAAAUGCAGUUUAUGGAUGCGGAUAUUGCACCAUUUAAAUGUGAAUUUUGUCCUAUUAUUGUGCAAUCACCACGAGAACUAGAUAUGCAUCUCAACACCCAUCAGCCAGAGGGUAGUUACGCUUGUAAUGUCUGUCCUGUUAGCUUUUUGGAUGUUGAUCAGCUGAAUCAACACAAGCAAAUACACACACCCACAAAUAAGGAAGUAAAAUACUGGUGCGACUUAUGCACGGCCAGUUUUCGAACUAAAGAAGUGUACGAUGAACAUAUGCGUCGUCACAACGAUGAACUCUUACUACCUUCAUUGGCUAAUAUCCCGCAUACAGGCAGCGACAUGGUUAUUGCGGAAAAUGGAAAUCCACUAAUGCACAUGGACAGUUCAGAGUACGAUGACGGCUACUCGUGUGACAUAUGUGGUAAAUCAUUCACAAAUAUGGUGUACCUUAAUGCGCAUCGCGCACAGCAUACCAAUCCCAGUGAUCGUCCAUUCCGUUGUGAUUUCUCUCAUUGCGGUCGUUUAUUUCCCACGCGACAAUCCAUGUUAGAUCAUGCUAGACAGCACUAUAACGAUGAAGAAUUCAAAUGCGACAUUUGUGGAAAAACUUUCAAAUCACUUAAAAAUCUGCAGAAUCACAAACAAAUACACGACGCUAUCAAACGAUAUGUUUGUAAGAUUUGUGGCUCGGCAUUCGCGCAAGCAGCUGGCUUAUAUUUACAUAAGCGACGACAUAAUCGUCCAAACUCACGUAUACAUCAAAGUUACUGAUCCACUUAUAUAGACCUAUAAAAGGUAUUAUAGGCAGCAGUUAAGUAUAGCAUAGUAGCUUAAGCAUAUAGAACCACAACAACAAUAAACUUAACACUAAUUUUACUAAGCGCGAUGUAGUAAUAAAAUUGUAUUAUAAUAAAAAUUGUAAGAUUUUUUUCAAUCAAUUAGUAAUAUUAAUGCUUUACAAAGUUAUACAUGAAUUAGAUGCCCUUCAAUUUGUAAGACUUAUUUUUUUAUUUUAGCUAUUUUUUAUAUGUUACACAGUUACAAUAAAAGAGAUUUUUUUAUAACUAUUACUACAUAUUUUUCAUAUGUAAAAUUAUUUAUUAGUAUGCUGAAAAUAUCACAAGUAUUAAUACACAAAUUUACAUUAAUUAAUACAAAUAAAUUACUUUACAGUAAUUGCUCUAGCUUGAUUUUCUAACAUAAGAAUGUACUUAGAAUUUGUAUAAUGUAAAAUACAAUGUAAACUUAAGAAGAAGUAAAGGUGAAAUUUCUCAUAUUAAAAAUAACCGUAUAUCAAUUGAAUUUACGCUUUUAAUUUUCCUUGGUGUUGGUAUAGUUUAAAUAUUUACGUUUAUUAUGGUAACAUACUACCCAGUUUGAAGAAAUCAUUUGGUAGAUAUGAAAAAGAUAAAUCUCUGUAUUAUAAUUUUAACAUGGCAUGUUUUAAAGCAAGCUCGAAUCCGAAUACAGCUAAGCACAAAUUUAUUCAAAUUUAAUUUAUAAAAUAACAAAUUCCAAUUGAACUUCCAUAACUCGAACUCCGGAAUUGGCAAUAGAUGUCAAAUUGCAUAAAAAUGACCUUCCAUAACUCGAAGUCACUCUAACUCGAAGUUUGCAGAUUGUGGUGAUUCGGUUUAGGGAAGUCCAACUGUAAUUGGUUUAUUAAAGCCUUUUCAACAUUACUUUUAAGGCAAGAAUAAAUUCUUUAUGCAUGCAUAUACUAACAUAUACACGUACACUUUUAAAAGUCUCAUUCACAAAGUUUUCCUGAAAAAAUCAUUUUAAAUCCCGGUUGAGUUAUAGGGCUAUUAAAAGCAACCAUUCAAUAAUUAUAUAUUAGCUGAAUUCUUCUAUCUGCUUUACCAUUAAUUAUUCCAACGCCUUGUUUUUGGGCAAAACCUUUUGAAAAUGACACCGGCUAUUUGAGAAAUAGAUUACACAGAAGUUGAAGAAUCGUACACAUGUGUUUAUUGAACAAAACAUAACAUACGUGCUCUUCCAAAAUUAAGAUAGAAGAGAAAAAAUUAUAAAUAAACUAUUUUUAUCACUUUUCAAAGUAAAAAAAAAUUGCAAUACAAAAAAGAAAAUUUCAAAGUAUGUUAGAGUGACCCACACGCUGAAAUCGUGAUCACUCGGUAGUGGAAUCAGUAGGUUGUGAGUUUAAAUUAUGUUUGCGAAACUAAAAUAUUAACUUAUUUUAUAACGAUUCAUUUCUUUUAAAUGUAAGACAGUGCUCACAAAUAGAUUAACACAACAAGUAUUACUUGUACAUAUGUAUUUUCAAUUACUUUAAUUCAAGUUACUCAGAUGGUUUUUAUUCAAAUAACAAAAUUUUGUUUUGUUUUUUUAUCGAAUUAAAAAAAAUUGCUUGUUUAAAUAAAUAACAAUAAAUUCGGCAGUAAAUAAAAUAUGUAACAAAAUUAUAUAUAAAGGCAUAUACCCAUAAACCACAUAUAAUACUAAUAAACUAUUCAAUAUGAAUAAAUAUAAUCACAACUUGAUCAUCCCAUACGAAGUCAUAACAAUUCGUAUGUUAUUCGUGUGUCCUAUAUGCGACUUAUGGGAAAUACGUUUUAAAGAUACGUUAAAAACAUAAAUAUAUAUGUAUGUAUGUAUCUAGAAUUAUGUAUAUAUUUUGAUCUAAAUAGUUUUCUAUUAUUUGUAUAAAUAUAGAAUACAAC